UGGAACCCUAAAAAAAGUAAUAAAGAGGAAAUGUUUUACUUACUGAGGAGCUACGGUAAAACGGCCGGGGCCGACUGUUCAUCGAGAGAUCCAUGGCGCAAGUGGGCAGAAGUGCUCGGCCAGAGGGAAUGAGUGCCAAUUAGUUAUUCUGUCACCAGAUGAGAGGGAGCCGUCCGCAACACUUCCGGGCACCACCUGUAGAGAGAGCACGUAGGAAAUGAACACAAACCAAUUACCGGGUACAUGUACAGAGAAAACUGUUAUUGGUGUGUGUUAUCAGAAACAGACAACAACAGCUUGUUAUCAGAACGAUCCAACUUGUAGAAUGACCAAGAGAACACCAAACGCUUGGAUUAGGAGUAUUUUCUAUAGAAUGGGCUCUAACUCAUACAGACGUCUGUUGAAUUACCUUACGAGUCUACUCCUGCUAGCAGUCCUGACGGCCCUGAUGACCGGCUACCACAUGACUCAGUUUGGACACUCUGUUCACUUUUCUCUGGCAGGAGUACCCAAACCACGAGAAACAAAACCAGAGUGGUGCUCCUCUGUCUUCGAAUCCCAAGCGCUCACUAAUAGCAGCUUAGUAGAAGACGUGUUUGCUCUAACGCCACCCGACUUUGAACAACAGUUUAAGAAUCCUUGUUUCUACGACGCUUGUUACCAGAACGGUAACCGCACAACAAGAAAGCUUAGAUGUCUCCCUUACUUCCACGUUUUGGGAGUAGACAAAUGUGGUUCCACAGAUUUAUACUACCGCUUAGUCCGCCAUCCACAGAUUCUUCCAAACAAAGGGAUACUGAACAAAGAAACGAUGUGGUGGUCAUGGCGACGGUAUGGUCAUUGGUUGCUUCGGAAUCUGCCAAAGAAGGAAACUUUUAAAGACUACCUUGCUUAUUUUGAAUCUGCUGCUUCACAGAUUGGAAAUGUUGAUAAUGAUUAUGAAUUGAUCACGGGUGAUGGUACACCCAUGGAUUUCUGGGAUUUUUCGGGAUGGCCACAAAUUCCACAAAAUGUUGGUCUUCAAGAUCCUAAAAUAUUAACUCCUCAUUUGAUGAAAUACUUCAAUCCCUAUCUUAAGUUUAUUUUGAUAUUUAGACAGCCAUCUGAGAGGUUAUUUUCUGAUUACAUUUUUCUGAAGCUUGGAGAACCUACCCCCAAAGCUUUUCAUGGGAAAGUUGUGAAAUCCAUUACCAUGUUUAACAACUGCCGUAAAAAACACACUUUACGAGUAUGUUUAUUUAACAGGGAACUCCAUGUUAAAAUGCCGGUCCGUCUACAUGUGGGGAUCUAUUCUGUGUUCCUUGAGGAAUGGUUAAAGGUGUUUGACUCGAUUAACUUUCUGUUUCUGAGAACAGAAGACUAUUCCAGAAACAUUAAAGGCACUCUGAAAACAGUCUUCUCAUUCCUUGGAGUUGACGAACUACCAGAACAGAAGCUGAAUGAAAUAUCUGAAGCAGAAAAAGUGUACAAAACAAAGAGAAAGAAAAAAUCUGAUUUCAAGCAAGCUUUUGAUACGGUCUGGAGACAUGGUCUAUGGACUAAAAUUUUACAAAGUGGAAUUGAUGGAAAAUGUUUCAGAUUUAUUAGAAACAUGUAUAAGGGUAUUAAAUCAAAAGUACAAAUAGGUCAACACUUAUCAGAUUUUUUUAUGUGUAAUGUCGGUGUAAGACAAGGGGAAAAUUUAUCACCUUUUUUAUUUUCAUUGUUCAUUAAUGACCUAGAGGAUUAUUUAACCAGAAAUCAAAUAAAUGGCUUUACAUGUCCUAGUCAACAAAUGCAAGAUGACAUGUUUGUUAUGUUGAAACUAUGUAUACUUUUUUAUGCUGAUGAUACGGUCUUAAUGUCCGAAUCUGCUUCUGAUUUACAAAAGUCUCUUGAUGUGUUUGCUGAAUACUGUGAUAUAUGGAAACUCCGUGUUAACAUAGCCAAAACAAAAGUCCUUAUAUUUUCUAAAGGUCCGAUGGCAAAACGUAAAUUUUUAUAUAAUGGUGUGGCUAUUGAAAAUGUGAGAGAAUUCUGUUACUUGGGUUUAUUCCUGUCAAGAAGUGGAAAGUUUAAUAAUGCAAAAAAACAUAGCAGAACAAGCUUCAAAAGCAAUGUAUGGAGUCUUACGUAAAAUUCACUAUUUUAAUUUACCAAUUAAUUGUCAGCUAGACUUGUUUGAUAAAGUCAUCAACCCAAUUUUACUUUAUUCUUGUGAAGUCUGGGGAUAUGAAAAUUUAGACAUAAUAGAAAAAG